AUGAGUCAAGCCUUUGAAGAUAUUGAUGGAACAAGUAUUAUUAUGGAUGAUAUCCUUAUCUGGGGAAAGGAUGUCGCACAACAUGACCACCGCUUGAGGCAAGUACUUCAGAGAGCUCGUGACAUUAAUUUGAAACUAAACUCAGAAAAGUCUUGCAUACAAACACAUGAAGUCAUUUACAUAGGACACAUAUUUAGUAAAAUAGGAGUCAAACCGGACCCAAUGAAAGUCCAAGCCAUCACAGAAAUGCAAGCACCACAAGACAAGAAAGAACUUCUCCGAUUUAUGGGUAUGUUCAUUCCCAACUUGUCUAACGUCACCCAACCGCUGUGAGAGUUACUGCAAAAGGAGACUUCUUGGCACUGGAUUGAUGCCCAUGAACGGGCUUUCAACGAAAUAAAGAAAAGAAUAACUCAUGAGAAGAUACUCAAGUAUUACGAAGUUACCAAACCAGUCACUAUAUCAGGUGAUUCAUCUUCCUAUGGUUUGGGUGCUUGUCUGAUGCAAGAUGGGCGCCCUACUUCCUAUGCUUCCCGUUCACUAAGCAAGUCUGAAAAGAACUAUGCUCAGAUAGAAAAAGAACUUCUGGCCAUAGUUUUUGGAUGUGCCAAAUUUCACCAGUAUAUUUAUGGCAAGCCAGUGACAAUUGAGAGUGACCAUAAGCCCUUGGAGUACUUGUUCCGAAAACCACUUACAGCAGCGCCACCAAGACUACAGCGUAUGAUGUUAACACUGCAAAAUAUGUCUUGCAUGUUGUAUACAAGCCAGGAAAAAGCCUGUACAUAGCCGAAACUUUGAGCAGGGCUCCGGGAACACUUUCAGUGCCAGACAUAGAUGAUCUUUAUCAAGUACACACCGUCCAACAUUUACCAGUGUCUCCCCAACGGUUAGAGCAGUUCCAUGCCGAGACUACAGCUGACUCAGUUCUGCAGAAAUUACAAUACACCGCGCAUGUUGGUUGGCCAAGUGAUAAGUCGGCUGUGCAUCCUGACAUUCGCGAAUAUUGGCCCAUUCGAGACAAAAUCAGCACCCAGGAUGGAUUCUUGUUACAAGGAGAACGACUAAUAGUGCCUACAUCACUACAGCGAGAAAUGUUGAGUAUAAUUCAUGGUAAUCAUCUUGGUAUUGAGAAGUGCAAGCAAAGGGCUCGUGAUGUGCUCUACUGGCCAGGAAUGAACGAACAAAUCGAAAAUCUUGUGAAACGAUGUGAGACUUGUCAAAUCCCAUCCAUGGCAGAAAGUGGCUUUAGAUCUUUUCGAGCUCCAGAACAAAACUACUUUGUGCUUACAGACUAUUUCUCCAAAUUCUUUGAGGUCACAAAACUUUCCAGUACAACAAGUUCGUCAAUCAUUAAGCAUCUUAAACCACACUUUGCCAGAUAUGGAAUCCCAGAGGAACUCAUCAGUGACAACGCCCCUGAACUUAGCAGCGGAGAAUUUGCUAACUUUGCCAAGACCUAUCAUUUCAAGCACACUAUGUCCUCGCCAUAUUAUCCACAAUCUAAUGGUUUAGCAGAACGAACCGUUCAAACAGCUAAGCAUAUCCUGCUGAAGGCAAAAAAGAAUGGAAGUGAUCCCAACAUCGCGUUUUUAGACCACUGUAACACACCAAUUUCUGGUGUUGGUGAAUCGCCAGUUCAGAUGAUGAUGGGACGUAGAACUAGGACACUACUGCCUACCAGUGCAAAGUUAUUACAACCAAAGUAUAGCACCCACAACCUCAAAUCUUCCCUAGAGAAGAUACAGGCGAAGCAAAAACACUAUUAUGAUCAUGGUACAAGAACCCUAGAGCCACUUAAGUCUGGAGAAGGAGUACGUCUAAGAGAUACAAGCACAGGGAACUGGAUUCCCGCCACAGUAAAACGUAUUGCGGAUGAGCCAAGAUCAUACAUCGUAGAGUCAAAUGGGCAAGAAUAUCGAAGGAACGGAAGAGACCUGCUGAAACUACCAACAAAGGGAAGCAAAGGUAAUGAAUGAUACUACGCAGCAGCGAGUUGAAUUGGAACACUCAAGUCAGGAAUCUCAUCCAUGGGGAUCAGUCACCACCAGGCUGCGACGCACUAUCAAGCCACCUGUUAAGCUGGGAUUCUCAUGAGAUAAGUCAAAUGAUGCCUAAAAUAAGUCAUGGAUUCUGACAAAAAUCAUAUAGCACUCGUGCCAUCUGCCUCCCAUAAGGUUAGUGAAUACAAAAGUCAUAUAGCACUCGGGCCCACUCGUGCCAUUGUGCCAACCGCCUCCCAUAAGCUUAGUGACAUACAAAAAUCAUAUAGCGCUCGAGUUGUGCCAUUUUAGUAGAAGAUUAUAGGGCUUUACUGGAAAAUUCGUUGGUCUUGGUUUUCGCCAGUCGGAACUCGGAAGACUGAUGCAUGUAAAAAUGGAAUUCAGCGAUACAAAUCCUAAGUUAGCUACUAUGCCUAUGUAAAAAUGGAAUUAAGCGAUAAAAAUCCUAUGCGCUAUGCUAAACUUCAUAGUAUUAAACAAAUAUAGUCGUGUUAUGUUGCUAUAAGAUUAUAGGCCUUUGUUAUGUUGCUAUAAGAUUAUAGGCUAGAUUAUAAAUCCGUUGGUCUAUGCGCUAGCUGCUAUGUAAAAAUGGUUCAGCAAUAAAAAUCCUAUGCGCCACGCCAUGCUAUUUAUAAAGAGCCUCUAUGGCAUGCUAGCUAGCCGCUAAGAGCCUUCGCGUCGCUUACUGUCUUAUGUCUGACGAUAAACAAUUCUGCCUACACACUGAGGCUAGACGAUAGACUCGGCCGUGAAUACGCUAUGUGGGCACUGCUGUUGUUACGGGUAAAAUUUCCUGUUACUGUAGUUUUAGCCAAUCAAAAUUCGAGAUUGCAUGUGUCUAUUCAUAGUGUCUAUUUUCAUAGUGUCUAUUGCCGUAUUGCAUCGUGCUGCAAAUGCUUUCGAAGAAAUCUGAUUUUCUGUUGUUGUGCUUUAUUUGAAAUUGCACAGUCAAAUUGUAAAUGGCGCACAAGCAACCAAAGAAAAAAAGAACAGCGCUAUUCGAUCCAGUCUAUGUCCUAAUGCACCCUCCUACUGUAUUAUUUUAUUUUGUCUAAUGCCAGAUUUUGUCUAAUUUUGGGAAAUUAGUGAUUAUUUUGUGCCUCUAACCCUUACUGUCUUAUAAUUACAAAUAUAUAAUGGUAUUAUGGUGCAGUUACCUACAUGUAAAUUUGUGUUACAUUAAGUGGCAAUGUGCCCAAGUGCGUUAUGUGUCGCUUUAUUAUUUUACUCUGUCUAAUGCCAGAAAAUUUCACUGGUCAAGGGUCAGUCUUGCACUCUAAUGGGUAAUAACUAAAAAUCUGUAGGAAAUACAUUUUAACUCAUUAUAGUGCAAGACUCUCCCCUUUACGAGUAAAAUUGUCUGGCAUUAGACAGACUAAAAGCAUCUGGUGUUCGACAGGGUAAAAGAAUAAAGUAGGGUGCAUUUGGGCACAUUGUCACUUAAUGGGUCAAUUUAAAAUUGUAUUUCUCAGAAUCUGCUUCUUUUUAUAUUUCUUGCAAAUUAACAGGGCCCGCGAACCGUAUCAGAGAGUGGGGGGGGGGGGGCUAAAUCAUAAACGGAAGCACCCCGGAAAUUAUUUAAUUUUCUAUGGUUUAUUUAUGCUAUUUCCUGCAUUUGGAGAGAAGCCUUUACAUGAUAUCUAAGGCCAUAGAAACUAUUGUUAUUGUCUGAUUUUUAUUAAUUUGACCUCCCACAAAUUGAACUUUAUUUGAUUCAAGUUUGAGUACUAAUUAAAUACUGUAAAACUGUUUAUAUCAUGGCAUGUCUGGCUUUAAUUAAAUUAAUGUGUACAUGCAUACAGUAGAACGGAUUGAACAACAUCUGCCAUAUUUCAGUGUUAUUUGUCAUGUUCUUUUAUAGGUUGUGGUAAUUUGUAUGUGGCAGAUGGGAACUGGAAGCUGCGAUAUGCCCACUGUAUGUGGAAAGUUCCUAUCAAAUUAGAUGGUUUUGGGAAGAUAAAUUAUCCCAAUAUUUGUCCCCUUACACCGAAACGUGGCCAUGCCUUUUGUGAAACUCACUGUAAAACUGCUGAAAAAUUGUGUUACCCAACAAAGCUCCGAGAGUUUCUUAAGAAGUGUGGUGUGUUAAACACAGAUGUUGAUGAAGGUUUGUUGUACAUUGAGAUUCACUAUGGACCUUAAAAACAUAGUUUUGUAUGAGAUAUUCAGUAAUAUUAAAUGUAAAGUUGUAAUGACUAAAUUAGUUUGCAAAAUAAUUCAUAUUUUGAUUUUUAGUAUUAGAGGGAAUGUCAUCAAAGCAAUUAUCAGGUAAUGUGUUGCAACUGUUUUGAAAACAAAACACUUUAUGACGUUAAUGCUCUUGACAUCAGAAUCCCCACCCUGGUUAAUCAGGGGAUUCAAUUGAAAUGUGUGAGAAAAUAUCCAGCCAAUCAAGCAAUACAAGUAUAAAGCCCUGUCUACUUUACUUCCUGAACUUCUGAUUUAAUUAAAUUUUGAUUUUUCAGAAAAAUUCGGAAAUAAGAAAAUCAGUUUAAAAUGUCUAAAAUGAAAACCUGCCAUUAAAAAAUGGGAAAACAUGCAUAAUUAAGUUAAAUCUUAGAGAAAAAUUUGCUAAAAUUAAGAAUACUUACAUUUUGAAAACCGGAACAAUCCUUUUUGGUAACCCCCAGAUUUCCUGGAAGGUUAAUUAGUUUGGAAUGUCUGUUCUUGAUUUGACAUGAAUCAUCUAUUGUAAACCCUAAUGUUUCAUAAGGUUGGAAGUGGGGUUCAAUAUCAUACAUAUAAAUAAUUAAUUGUAUUACGGUUAUUAAAAUGCUAUCAAAACAAUUUUACAUGUCAAGAGGAGAUUGCACUUUAAUUGUUAAUGCAAAGUUAGUUUUAUUUAAUUUUAAGUCACACAUACUGUGCAUCCUGGUUUGCUGUGUUACUGUACCUCUGUCUAUGCUGCAUAAUUUUACUUGUCAGGAGUAAAGUAUUGGACAGUGGGUUGAAAAUUAUAUUGAGAAUGGUUGCUUGACCCAGGUGCCAAUACUAGACUUUGUAGAUACAGUAUGAUUUGGUCACAAAUUGUCAAAAUAUAUGUAAGUUGUGUAGUUCAGGAGGAGUACUGGAUUUAGUAGUUUUAGUGUUAAUGACUGUGUUUUGCUUAUGUUGUAGAUACUUCUCUAGAAGCUAUUGAAUCGUGCCUCAACAAAGUUUCUGAAAUUUCCCCAACUGAAAAUGCAGCAAAUGCAUCUACGUUUCAAGGUGUGUCAGUUUAGCCAAUGAUGACAAGUCCUCUUAAAAAUUAUGCCUACAUACUAUGGCACUAUAAAAUGUUAUGUGACACUGGAUAUACACCCUUUCGAUAAUUAUGUCUUGGCCUCGCUCUCGUAAUUAUGAGCCAAUUUACAAAUGAGAGUGAGGCUCCAACCAAAAUGUAUAUGUGACAUAAUUAUCAAAAGUGUACAUUAUGAUGUAGUUUUAUUAAUAAUAUUAAUAAUUUAUUGGAAACAAAAGUCCAAGUUUUGAUUUUAUUGGUUUAAAUUACUAAUUCACUUAUCUGAUGAAAAAUGCCAAAAAUGUUGUAUGAUUAAAUUGAAGUCGCAGAGAAACUUACUGGGAUUUUACAGACGUCUUAAGUGGGAUAUUUGUAUGUUGUGUAGAUACGUACUGUAGAGGAUUAUGCAAGUUUUUGAAGUGUGCAAUUACAUGUAAUUUUAUUUUAGGAACCACUGAUUUUCUUUUGAAUAAUCCUUCAUUUGUGGAAAAUCAGUCUACUGAAGGGGAUAUUGUAUGUAAUAAAGAUACAGGUGGCCUUAAAGCACUCCAUUGCUGGUCACGAGGAAUCUUUUUUAUUGUCAGUGCUGGUGGGCAUAUUGAAUACUGGCAGCCUUUAUACAGGUAUGUAUUAGUAACUGUAAUAUUUGACAUCAUGACCUUUAAAGCCAAGGCAAUUACCACAUGAGACAUGAAGGUAAAUUAACUUCACCAUUCAGAUUAUUUGUGCUACAUGCAUUAGCCUUAGCAGUGCAUGUCUAUUUCAAAUUUUUCAGGUCUGAAUCUCCCACACAAGCGUUUUUGAUUACUGUGCUGUGGCUUUAUGGGAAAUUUAAAGAUUACAAAAAGAGUGGAAUGAGUGAUCAAGCCAUUUUAGAAGAAAUAAGAUCAACUUGUCUGGCAUAUGACAACAUGUGUCAUUUAGAUAGCUUGUUGGUGUCGAGGGAUGAUCUACCACUACCAAAACCAUUUGAUAAAGCAUGGAAGAGCAUUGGAAAAGUAAUCGAUAGAUUACAUCUUAGGAAUCAUGUUGAUCCCAAGUGUAAGAGAUUAUACAACCCUGAUGAUGUCAUUCCUUCAAAUUUUAACACAAUGGCUUGUGAACAAACAUUCAUAUGGGCAAGUCGCUUCAAAAAGGUUAUGUGUGCUAUGCCACAUUUUCAUCAGUUCUUUUUUUUACAUAAAAUAGUUAAAUACAGAAACAAGUACACUGAAAAAUGCCAUGUAAAUCAUAAAACUCCACUGCUUCCAAAAAAGUAA